AUGGAAUGCAAUCACGCACGAUUCGACUCAAUUGAGAACAAUUUCACAACCGGCCUUCGCGAUAUCCGUCCCCUGUUCACCGUCGAGCCCAUCGGAAACCCAGAUGAGCCGGCCACUAGCAAGGAUGGCCAUGUUAUGAUUGGGCCAACCGGGCAAGUCCGAACCCCUCUGCUAGCCUUCUCCAUGAUCCCCUACGCCGCUCUCGGGCUAUCCGCAAACUCGGUGAGGGGUAUUCUCCAACAGCAUGGCUGGCACGCGACGGGAGCUGGCAAUGGCCGUCAGUGUGUGGUUCAGCCUUCGGACGAAUUUACUCUCUAUGGCCCUAAUGGAAUACAUAUGUACCUGGUCUAUGAAUCCAUGGAGCCGAGUGUUAAAAUCAUUGUCGAGAAGCUUCCCCAGUUCAAGCCUGGCAAGUAG